AAAACGAGUGAAUAGUAAAUUUCGGGAUUUUCAGGAUGGUUGGAGGAAAGAAAUGAGAUGAGACAGUCAAAUUGUCAAAAAAUCUCAGGGAACAUGUUAAUUCAAAACGCCACUGACUUCUGGUGCCUGAGAAUCUUCCACUUUUUUUUUUUUUUUUUCUUGCCUCUGGUUUGACUGGACCCCUGGUGGGGCAGUGAUUAAGAGCUUGGCUGCUUACCGAAAGGUUGGCAGUUCGAAUCCACCACCCGCACCUUGGAAGCCGUGUGGGGCAGUUCUACUCUGUCGUGUAGAGUCUCCGUGAGUCAGAAUAGACUGGGCCACAGAGUCUGGUUUGGUUUGACUAGGACAAGGUGUAGCCACCAGCAGAGGGCAGAGUGCUUACAACUGAAAGGAGGAAUGUUCUAUGCUCUCACUUGGACCCUGAGGGAACCAUUACCAGUGCAGGAAGUGACUUCACCAGUCACAGGAGAAAUAAGGUCCUGAGCUGGGACAGUAAACUGUUACAAAAAAAAAAAACAAAAAACUGUUAACUGGCCUUUAAUAUAUAAUAUAUAUUUUUUCUUUAUUAUCCAAGUUUAUUGUUGGGGUGAGUUCCUAUCUAUUGGGGACUACAACUGUGUCUCAGUAUGUGCUGUAGUAACUCCAGGUUAAUAGCCAUUCUGCAAAUAGUUGUACUGGGGCUUUGUAAGGCAUGUAGGUCAUAAUUAAGUCAGUGGCGAAUCAGCCCAGAAAAACCCCGACAAUAGAGUCAUUACUUUAGAAAGUUCCAGAGCUAUGCAACCUGUAAAGCCUCAUCUGUCAGCUGAUGAGGAAACUGAAGGAGUUGGAGGAAUGAAACAGCCCAUUUUCUACUCUUCUGGGCAGGAUAACUAGGGCUCCAGUGCAGGACCCUGGUCUUGUAAAAUCAUUUAAGCUCCCAAAGCAAGUGAAGUAAGACAUGGAGGAAAGGACCAGGAACUGGGACAGUGGAGGAUUAAGUAGAAUUGGAGGGAAUGGAAACUUCUGGAUUGGAAAGUAGCUGGGUUUAGAGGCCACCUGAAAUGAUAAAGAAUAUAAUACAGGUAAAAGCAAAUGGGGAAACAAUUCAAAUAUGGGAAGUUAUUCAGAUACUAGAAGUGAAGUGAAAUUUAUUCCUUUGUUGGGGGGGGUGGGUAACUUGUUUAAAAAAUAUCAGAAGGAUGAAUCAUUAACAGGGAAAUGAGGACCUGAGUAGAGAUUGGUGUUUCACGAUGCCAGGAACAGCUUAUGAUACCAAGAUGGGCUGAGUCUACAGGAAGAAUUGGUUACGGUAACCAGUUAUCCAGAUUUGAUAUUGGAAUGACAUUUCUAGCAAUGGCUUUGUCUUUGAGAUUCUGGCACAUUUCUGUUGCAGAUAGUUUUGAAGGAAUGUUUUCAUAACUCUUAUGUGGGAAGGCAAAUUACUAUAGUGUAAAGAUUCAGUGCCCCCUCCCUUGACCUGUAUUCAGCAGGGUAGAAGAUUAGAAGUCCUGAAAUAGUUGUGGCUAAGGUCCAAGCCCUCCCACUGCCUUUGGGAUAGCAUUAUUAAAGAAAUUAACCACACAAGUAUCAGAUGAGUCAUUGGGCUUUAUACCAGGUAGACAGUAGAUAAUUUAUGGUGACUGCUUCAUAAAAAAAAAAAAAAGGCAGCCUGAAAAACAGAACUGAGAUUGCUAAAUGCUGCUCUCUCAUUAAAUAUAAUAAUAAUGAAAAAAGGGAGAGGGGGCAUUAAACAAGACCUUAAAUAAGUCUAGCUGCCGAGCAGAUUGGGGCGAUAAAUAAAACAGCAUAGUUUAUUUUAAUCUCUGUCUUGCGCACUAACCUAGUUUGUCUAUAGAAGAGCCAUCUGCUGGAACCAGGCCAGUGUGUCUUAAUUUUGCUGUUAUCGUUAGUAUCUUGUUUUUCCAAAAGAGGAAAUGUGUAAGUCGCUGGUGUGUAUAAGUGACUCAGCAUUUCUACAAAGCCUCUGUAGCCUUGACCUGUGUGAACACAGGUUCUACUCUUGGAAGCAUUUUCGAAGGCAGAGUAAAACACUGACUUGGGGUAUUCUGCACAGAGGACACCAGUAGAGUUGUGCUGUCAAUGAGUCCCUUGUUGGUGCUGAACAGUCUCUUUUCCAGGAAACUCCUGUAUUCGUUUAUAUUUACAGGUUCCUUUUGAUGGGCACGUGGAGUCAUCUCCGAACCAAGAAAUGGGGCAGAAGCAGUUUUUUCUCCAGUCAUCUCUCUGAUGAUCAAGUGUCCUAGAUGUCAAGAGAUGGCGUUCGUGAAGAGUGGAUGGUUGCUACGGCAGAGUACUAUUUUGAGGCGCUGGAAAAAGAAUUGGUUUGACCUGUGGUCAGAUGGCCAUCUGAUCUAUUAUGAUGACCAGACUCGACAGAGAGUUGAGGAUGAAAUCCACAUGCCAGUGGACUGCAUCAAUAUCCGAAUGGGGCAUGAGUGUCAGGAUAUUCAGCCUCCAGAUGGGAAUUCAAAAGACUGUAUGCUGCAGAUUGUUUGCCAAGAUGGGAAAACUGUCAAUCUUUGUGCAGAAAGCACAGAUGAUUGUUUGGCCUGGAAAUUUACACUCCAGGAUUCCAGGACAAAUACAGCUUAUGCUGGCUCAGAAGUCAUAUACAAUGAAAUGUCUGUGACUUCAUCUCCACCUCCUUACACAGCCUGUGCUGCACCAACCCCUGAGGCAUAUGGGUAUGGACCGUAUAAUGGUGUGUACCCUCCAGGAACUCACUUUGUCUAUGCUGCUAACGGGCAGGCUUAUGCUGCACCCUACCAGUAUCCAUAUGCAGGGCUUUAUGGUCCACAGUUGGGCAACCAAGUCAUCAUUCGUGAGCGCUACAGAGCUGACGACAGUGAUGUGGCCCUGGGCAUGCUGGCUGGAGCAGCCACGGGCAUGGCCUUAGGGUCUCUGUUCUGGGUCUUCUAGAGUCCUUGAGAUCUUUAUGUGCAUAGCUUCUGAUACUCUGUGUGCAAUAAUAAUUUGCAGGCCAUUUCUGUUUGUGAUAAAUAUUUUUAAUAGUAGUUUUAAUAGUUCCUUAGAAAGUAGUGACAUCAUAAUUGUAACUAAUCCAUGUAAGUACCACAGAAAAGGGUUUGAAAUAUGCUGUUUAGUUAAAACAUGGACCCACUGGGGGCACUUACCCAUUCCAGUAGUUUCCUUAUGGGACUCUUAGAUUGAAAUACCUUAUUUCGUCUUAACUGUUUUGAAAGACGUUUCUUUUUUAGAGUUAAGUGUAGUGCUUUAAUGUUACGCUAGUAAUACGGUGAUGUGAGUAAGUGGAUGAUGGGGCACAGAAAACAGCAGCUUCUUUCAGAUUCACUUCAAAAUUUUAAACCUCAGACCCCAACUGACCGCAUGGUACUUUAGGAGUUGUGGGCUGGUAAGCAAGGUACCAGUGGUUUCCAGGUAGCUCCCCAAGGCUGUGUGAUACCCUCGUGACCUGCCCCCUGAGCUCGACAGGCCUCCAACAAGGUUGACUGCUUCAGAAUGACUGGGCUCUAAUUUGAAGACAUGUUAUUGGGGGAACCCCCUCUUUUUUAAAAUGAUGCUUAAAAAACUGGCUAACCCAAAAGCCUGUUAUUUACCUUACUUUAUUCUUUUUGUUUGUUUUUGGUAGUGAUCAUUGGAAAACAUUUCAAAUUAGGAAUUGAUUUGAACCUCACAGUUUUAGGGCUUUAUCAUAUAAAACUUGAAGAAUGCAAAAUAGCCAUUAAGUAUGUGGAGGUAGAUUUGCUUCCUUCAGAGACAUUAAAUGUUUUUAGUGCCUAUUUUUGGGUGUUUUUAUUGAUACUUAAGCCUACUUGGGAAACCCUGGUAGCAUAGUGGUUAAGAGGGUGGCUGCUAACGAAAAGAUUGGCAAUUUAAAUCCACGAGGCACUUGGAAACUCUGUGAGGCAGUUCUGCUCUGUCUUAUUGGUUCGUUAUGAUUCAGAAUAAACUUGACAGUAGUGGGUUUGGUUCAGUUUUUGGUUUAAGCCUACUUAGGAGCCCUGGUGGCAGAGUGGCUAAGAGAGCUCGGCUGCUAACCAGAAGGUUGGCGUUUCAAAUCCACCAGCUGCUUUUUGAAAACAGUGUGGGGCAGUUCUACUCUAUCCUUUGGGGUCACCUGUCAGUUGGAAUGGCUGCGACAGCAGCUGGUUUGGUUGGUUUUUAAGCUGACUUACAGUUUUUUUUCUACUUGUUGAGAGAACAAUAUUAAAAGAGUGACGAGGAAGAUGGAACGAGAGUCGUAGUUACAGUAUUACUAUGUCAGCCGUCUCUGAGGGAUUGUACUAAGCACUGGGUACUAUUUUCAGCCCUUCUGAAGAUGCCGAAAGAGUGGAUUCCCUGUCCUGUGCAAAUGUGUGAAAAUGUGGCUGUUCGUAGAGUGUUGGGGGCCCCGGGGAGAACAUGCAAACUUGCCUGGGGAACCCCUGCGGUCACGCUCAAGCAUCUCCUUUUAUAGAUGGGAAAUGCAGUCUAGGGACAUGAGUGACCUACUCAAGAUCUCUUUCAACCUGACCAGGACACUAAACUUCAGACACUUUGCCAGCAUUGUCUUUGUUCCUGACUCAAAUGUAAUUAAAAAAGAAAAAAACCCGUUGCCAUCGAGUCGAUUCUGACUCAUAGCAACCCUAUAGGACAGAGUAGGACUGCCCCAUAGAGUUUUCAAGGAGCACCGGGUGAAUUCGAACUGCCGACCUUUUGGUUAGCAGCCAUAGCACUUGGUUUCCCUUCAGAUGUGACAGAGAUGCUUCAGACAUUUAAUUUUGAGCCCUGACUUGUGUGAUCCUCUGGAGAACCCACAUCCUGCUCUUUAUCUCUUAAUCCGUGUGGCUUUCUAAAGCUUCCUAAUGGUCCCAGUUUCUCGUCCUGCAUACUUUAGAACAUGUAGGUUUACAUUUUAGCACAGUGAACUUUCCUGCUUGUACCCUCUAUACAGUCCUAUUUUCCCUAAGAUACACUCCAGCGAGCACAAAUUCUAUUUUUAUUUUGCCUAGCCAGUUAAUAUUAUGCUUUUUAGUUCAUACUGGUCAGCUGGCUCCAUGUCUGAGGCAGACUUAAACGGAACCCCGUAUGAAACCAGAUGCUAAGUGAGCCUACUGGUGACCACAGAUCUGUUUUCCUAGCCAAUUCUUAUGGACUUAUCGACCCCGAAGAGUCUAUUUCCAGCUGAAAGGAAGUAUACCUAACUGUAAACUUCUUUGGAUAAUUGAUGUAGAAAAUUGCCAGAUCUGAUAAGUGGAAAUGCUGCUUAUGGUUUUUUUUUAGGAUUUUAGAUACUAUGCAAUAAGAAUGUUUUGUUCAGAUUGUACAAGCAUUAUUAAGUUAUAUGCUUUACUUACAAAAUAUUGAACAGUUUUUAAUGUUACAGCAAAGUGUUAAUUUUGAAUUUGGAGUUACUGGGUGGGAGUUGCUGUGAAUUACAGAAUGCUGAGUUAGACUACUGAGAUUCUCUACUGAAGAAGGUAUGCUCCCUGGGUUCCCCUGGCUGCCCUCUAGACUGAAGCAGGGAGCUGUGGACUGGAGCUUUGUAUACAUGUGUGUGACCCCGACCCCAGUCAUUGUCCCCAGUGGGGCCAGUCCCAUUAGCCAACCACGCUUGAGCCUGGAAAUUCACUGUCACUAGCGAUUUGAUGGAAACCGUGGUGGUGUAGUGGUUAAAGUGCUACGGCUGCUAACCAAUAGGUUAGCAGUUCGUGAUUGGAUCCUAGUAUGAAAUUCAUACUUGAUACAAUACAUAGGUUCAGAUAUUUUAUUUUCCCAGCCAAUAUUUUGAUAACAUCAGUUUCUAAUGACUUCCUUAGUUUACAUUGCUUCACUUAGGUAAUCCCAAAUCAAAACAUGAGUGAGUUGGAAGAAACUUUUUGCCAAGGUUUCAGUAGCAUUUUACUUCCAUGUAUCUUUUAAAUAAUCUGUGCCUGGAAGAAGUUGGCCAUUGAUAUUUUACACAUCCGGAGCUGAUUUUUUUUUUUUUUAAAGUUCUGUUCUUUUAAUUCCUUGCAUUGACUUCAGAAUCUUGGAUGUUAAAGAAAAACGGGGAGACCUAUGGCUAUGUCUUAGAUCAUCAUUCAUGAAACAGGCUAGAUCUUUCUGUUUUAUGCUGUCCAGGGCCCAAGAUGGCCAUCUGGAUCAUAGAGAGAAAUUCCUAUAAAAUGAUCCAAGUUUAUUUUUGAUGUCAAUUUUGAUUCUGUGUAAUUUUUCUUUUUCCUUUCCUAGUUUAUGUAGACACAGGCAUGGAAAGCAGUUCUAUUUUGACCCCAGAGAUUUUUUUUUUUUUUUUUUUGUGAUUGCUUGCCUAUCUUUAGUAUUCUCUUGUGUCCACAGAACCUGUCUUUUUCCUCUAUAUGUAAAUUUUAUGUUUAUAAGUGACAAUGUUAAUAUAUUAAAUAAUUGUUAACUUUAAGGCAUGUUUCAUUGUGACUUCUGUUGUCUUUUGUAGUAACACACCACCAACCUUUUCUACUGUAUUAUAGACAGUAAGAAUACAUUUAUUGAGGACCUGUUAAGUGUUAGGGGAUGUAUUAUCACAUCAGAAAAAAAUCACUCUUUAAAUUCUUACAAUGGCUCUGUAAAAGGUAAGCAUUAUCAUUCCAAGUUACACUUUGUGGAACUGAGGCUCAGAAGCUAAAUGAUUUACUCAAGAGCACACAGGUAGUAAGUGAAACUUGGGUUUAUAUCUGAUAUAAAAAAACAUUGUAUUUUUCUUAUGCCAUGUGUAUGUAAUAGUUACAGUUUCCAUGAGAACAUGUGGGUCGCAUGUGGUCGUCAGACGUCUGUGAUUACUCUUAGGAAACUAACAGUGUUUUCCUCGACCAGUUCUACUCGGCAGUUUGGGUCCAGUAACUUCUCCGGUAUCUUUGGGAACCUGAAUUUGUAUUUUGUUUUUGUCUUUGACAAUUUUAUUUCAAGCUUUAUUUUUUAGGAGAACCUUCUUGUUUUGUUUUCUUGUAACAAAAAAACUUAACAUGGAAAUUACCAUGUUAACCAUUUUUAAGUGUACAAUUCAGUGACAUGAAGUACAUUCACAAUAUUAUGUAAAUGCCACCGCCUAUUAAAAUUUUUUCAUCAUUCCAAACAGAAACUCUAUUCCUUGAACGAUCACUCCUCAUUCCUGCCUUCCCCCAGCCCCUGGCAACCUAAUCUGCCUAUUCUAAAUGCCUCAUCCACCACCCGUCUGUCAGUCUGUCGUCCUGAGGUGGCUCACAUGUUGCUGUGAAGCUGGAAGCUGUGCCAUCAGUAUUUCAUGUACCAGUAGGAUCACCCGUGGUGGACAAGUUGCAACAGGGCUUCCAAACUAAGACUAGGAAGACCUGGUGGUGUACAUCCGAAGAUUAGCUAAUGAAAAUGUUAUUGAUCUAAUUUGCUUGCUUUAGACCCAUCAUCAGGAGGGAUCAAUCCCUGGAGGAGGACUUCAUGUUUGGUGAAGGAGAGGUCCAACGAGGGCAAGGGAGACCCCUGGUGAAACGGAUUGGCACAAUUCCUUUAACAGUGAACUCAAACAUGCUGGUGGUUUUGAAUGGCACAGAAGGAAAGCGUUUCAUUCUGUUGUGCAUAAGGUCACCAUGAGUUGGAGUCAACGGUACCUAUCUCUAAAUAUCAUACAAUAUUUGUACUUGUAUGUUUCUGGCUUAUUUCACAUAGCAUAAUGUUUUCAAGGUUCAUCCAUGCAGUAGCAUGUAUCAAAACUUUUUUUGACUGAAUAAGAUUCCAUUGUAUGGAUAGACCUAUAUUUUGUUUAUUCUGUUUAUGGGUACUUGGCUUGUUUCCCUUUUUGGCUGUUGUGAAUAGUGCUGCAAUGAACAUUGGUAUACAAGUA